CUUUUUCUGACUUGUGUGCAAUACCUCGUCACUGAACUUGAAAUUUCCUUCCAUUCCUACUAUCAAAACUAAAAAAGAAAAGAAAGAAUAGAAAGAAUAGACAAGACAACCCCCUAGACAGAAGCCUCCCAGAACCUGAGGCAAGGUUAUUGACUCUCACACCACAAAAAUGGCGGCAACAACCACAGAAACGCCUGACACACCCAUCCCUGCGCCCAUCGUUUCCCUCUCCAGGGUCCUCAUCCGGCCCUAUCACCUCUCUGACUGCCCGGAGUCAUCACGCCAAGCCAAUGAUCUAGAAAUCGCGAGAUGGAUGCGCAACACCUUCCCCUCCCCUUACUCGCUAGCCGACGGCGAGUCCUUCAUCACCAACAUAGGCCUGAAGGCCACCAAGCCGUCCACGCGUACAGAUCCGCCCACCAACGUCCUCAUUAACUACGCCCUCUGCCGGCGCUCCGAUGGCCACUUCAUUGGCGGCAUCGGACUCAAGCCGUUCGCGGACGUCGAGGCCCGCACCAUGGAGAUCGGCUACUGGCUUGGCAAGGAGCACCGGGGCCAGGGCUACAUGACGGAGGCCUUGAAGGGGUUUGUGGCGUGGGCCUUUCAGACGUUUCCCGAGACGCUGAGGCUCGAGGCCAGUGCAUUUGAGGGCAAUGUGGGAAGUACCAAGGUGUUGGCGAAGGCUGG